GCAGGGGGUGCGUCAAGUCGCAAGAAGUGAAGCUCGCUUGCCUGAAAGAAGCAGGGAUUCCGAACGCGGCAAAGAAAUUGAACGCCCAAGACCCGUUGCUGCAGUGUGCUUUGAGCCCCAAGAGAUUUGGGAGCUCAUGUGUCAGAUCAUGAGCAUGUGGCAGAAGGGCGAGGUCAAAGGUCAAAAACUGAAGCCGGCUGCGAGGAGCUUCUUGAAAGCGGACCAGGAAUCUGAAACGAGCGAGUCCGAGGGCGCGAAGAAAAGCCAGCGUGGGAAGAGGCUUGAUAGGGCGGCUGCGAAGGAACAAGAAAUAGCGCUUCUUUAUCCAUGGGUGCAACUGCAGGGUAACAAGGUCCCCCUGGUCGCCGAGGACAUGCCAGCGCAACACUGGAUAGCCAUGGGUAGUAUGGCUCCAGAGAACGUCGUCCCUAUCCUCCUUGAGGUCAUUGCGAAGCAGAUCUCGCUCAAGGAGAUGGAGAAGAAGUUCCAACGUGUCAAGCAAAUCGCCUACGUCUGCAAGGCAUUCGCAGUGGGGGUGGGCGCUGCUGACUUCAAGGACGCCAAGAAGGAGUAUCCUUUCCACACAAAGAAAGAGAUUUUGGAGAAGUUCGUUGGUGGCAUCAGAAGGGGUCAAACGAGUAUCCCCGCACUGGAUGGCCAUAUUAAACGGGUCAUUGAAUGGAAGAACAAGGAGAGGAGACUGCAAGCGAAGAACGUUAUUCACGCGUUCCGUACGAAACCUCUCGUGGAACCGUUCGUCGAGUGGACGGAGGUGACACACGACAACGACUCGGCGGAAGUGAAAAUUAUCAAUGGCGUCAUGCGCUUGUUGUCGACGCUGCAGAUAAAAAAGUUGCCGAUAUCUCUGGCUAUUUUCGACUUCCCUUACGGGUUCACGCACGACGGCCACGCAUCUGAUAAUGAGCCGUUUCUGAAGUCGGACGUUGUGGAGGUUCUUCACAAUCUGAAGGACGUUUUCUGUGCCCCGUUGUGGACAGUUGCGGGAUUCUGUUCCGUGGACAUGCUUCCUUYCAUCCGUUCGGCGUUCCGAGAGGUUUGCAAUGCAGGGCAGGAGCUUUUGACGUGGUGCAAGCCUAAUGUAACGAAUCCGGGUGGGCCGCGGCUUGUGAGUGCGACCGGAUUCUGUGUGCUGGGCUACUACAGUGAGAGUGGGCAGCGCGAGAUGGCACAUUACAAUUUUGAUCCCACUGAUAUGCGUCACAAUUUCCAGCUCUUCAAUGCUGUGACGCAGAAGUACCAGCACCCUGGUGGCGGUGUUCUCUGGCCGUACCAGAAGCCGUAUACUUUGUACUGCUAGCUUGUGAACAAAUUCUCUCCCGCAGG